AUGCUUGAUUAUUUUAGGAAAUAUAUAUACUUUGAACUAUUAUUAAUUUUGUUUUUUAUAAAUUAUAGGAAUCCUUUAAAUGUCUACAUAAAUAUAGCAAUAAUAUUUUAUUUAACUCUUUUAGGGUUAAUUUAUUUAAUUUUUAAAUUUAAAUAUACAAAUUAUAAAAAAGCGCAAAUAAAUUAUAAUUUAAGUGAUAAACAUAUUUGUAUAAUAGGGGGUUCUGAAGGUUUAGGUUUAUCUCUAGCGAAAAGAAUUAUAAAAGAAAAACCUAAAACUUUAACGUUGAUGUCUAGAAAUAUAGAUAAAUUAAAAGAAGCAAAAAAAUAUUUAUUAAAAGAAAUAGAAAGGAAAUCAAAUGAAGAAGGAGAUAAUUAUUUUGGUAUCAAAAUAAAUAUCAUUAAAUGUGACAUAAGCAUAAAAGAAUCAAUAAAAGAAGCAUUUGAUAAUGCAUUAACAAAUAAUAGUUUAGAUAUAGAAGAAAAUGAGGAAGAUUAUAUUGUAUCAAAUUCUACUAGAUCUAGAAAACAAAAAAUAAUAAAAGAAGAAUGUCAUUUAGAAGAAAAAAAUUAUAUUGAUGUGCUUAUAUGUAAUGCUGCUUAUGUAACCACCGGAGAAUAUAAUAAAUUACAAUUGUAUGAUUUAAUAUAUACAAUAAAUACAAAUAUAUAUGGUAAUAUUGAUAUAAUGUCAAAGGUUAUUAUUAAUAUGAAAAAAAAAAAAAGUGGUCUAAUUCUAUUUAUAAAUACUGAAGGAGUAUUAUAUCCAAUAUAUGGAUUUUCUUAUUAUUUAAUGAGUAAAUCAUCUAUGUGGACAUAUACGUAUAUAUUAGAUCAAGAAUUAAAGUAUUUUAAUAUUCAUAUUGUGAAUGCCUUUUUGCCAUCAGUUGAUACACCUGGUUUUGCUCAAGAAAGUAUAAAAAAACCAGAUAUAACGAAAAAAUUAGAAAAUUUAACAAAUACGCUUAAUUCAGAUUAUGUUGCAGAUAAAGUUAUUAAUAAUGUAAAAAAAGGAAAAAAAUUUAUAACUUUAGAAUUUAACGGAUAUAUUUUAUCUAUUUUACAUAGUAAUUAUAGAAACCCAGAGUCGUAUUUUGAUUAUCUAAUUUAUGUUUCAUUUAGUAGUCUAAUCGUUUUUAUAUCAUCCUUAUAUAAAUUAUACAUUGAAUAUGUUAUUAAAAAAGGGGUUCAAUCUGCUUUAUAUAAUUAA